GGGGGGAUUUCGUCAUGGCUUCCUCCUUGACAUAAAUAUAGAGAAAGAAACGCUAUUUGUCCGCGGCAGCAGCAGAACAGGAAGCAGAGAGGCGACCGCAGAGCAGACUGCUGCACACCAACAGCCAAAGAGAGAUGACUUCCUAAACGCGGAGAUUAGAGGAAGCUAAAGGCUAAAAAACAUUCACAUCAUACUAGACAGAGCUCGGGAAGGCGAGAAAUGGAGAAACAGCAGCAUUCGUCGGGUUCAGAGACUCCGGUGCUGCCGCCUGUCCCGCGUAAACCGAAGAACCUCGGAGGAGGAAUCCCUGCCCCUCUUCAAGACAACGUGGAUUCAUUAGAAAGUCCUACUGGAUCUCAUGUGGAGUGGUGUAAACAGCUGAUAGCGGCCACUAUCUCCAGCCAGAUCUCUGGUGGUGUCCCUCCAGAAGCCAUUACCCGUGAAUACAAGGUAUCCAGGAGGACAAACUUGAGGGCUUUCAAGGAUGUGCGAAGGCAGGCGCCUAUGGAUGAAGUGCCACUGGUCCCUGGAGAGACAAUCAAAACCAGUGUUAAAGAUGUAAUGUAUAUCUGUCCUUUCACUGGAGCUGUAACCGGCACACUCACAGUCACAGACUACAAACUCUACUUUGUUAGUCUAGAACGGGACACACCUUUCAUAUUGGAUGUAAACCUGGGUGCCAUCAGCAGGUUGGAGACUAUCAGUGUACAGUAUGGCUUCAUUCAGCCUUUAUAUAGUUCUCUCUUCUCUUUUUGUGUGCAGGGUUUGCCAAACGAGAGCUGGACCAUCAGUAAGAUCAACAGUAAUUAUGAAGUGUGUGACACUUACCCUGCUCUGCUCGUCACCCCAACCAGUAUUAAAGAGGAUGAAAUCAAACGAGUGGCCUCUUUCAGAGUAAAACAUCGCAUACCAGUCCUCUCAUGGAUCCACCCAGAAACUCAGGCCACUAUAGUUCGCUGUAGUAAGCCCAUGGUGGGCCCGACAGACCGCCGGUGUAAGGAGGAUGAGCAUUACCUCCAGACCAUCAUAGAUGCCAAUGCACAGUCCCAUAAACUCACAAUAUUUGAUGCUCGACAGAACAUUGUGGCUAAGGCUAAGGAUGGAGGUCUUGAGAAUGAAAAUUUCUAUCCUAACAUGGACCUGAAUUUCCUGGAGAUCCCAAACAUUCAUGUUAUGAGAGAGUCUCUGCGUAAGCUGAAGGAGGUGGUCUACCCUACCAUCGACGAGCCACACUGGCAUUCAGCCAUAGAUGCCACACACUGGCUGCAGUACAUACGGCUUUUGCUUGUGGGUGCGGUGAAGAUUGCAGAUAAGGUUGAGUCGAGUAAGAGCUCUGUGGUGGUGCACUGCAGUGACGGCUGGGACCGCACAGCUCAGCUCACCUCUCUGUCCAUGCUGAUGCUGGAUUCAUACUACAGGACUCUCAGGGGCUUCCAGGUGCUGCUGGAGAAGGAAUGGAUCAGCUUCGGACACAAGUUUGCUGCGCGUGUUGGUCACGGAGAUGAAAAUCAUGCAAACUCUGAGCGCUCGCCUCUAUUUGUGCAGUUCAUAGACUGUGUUUGGCAAAUGAUGAGACAGUUUCCCACUGCCUUUGAGUUUAAUGAGCUCUUCCUCAUCACUAUCCUGGAUCACCUCUACAGCUGUCUGUUUGGUACAUUCCUUUACAACAGCGAACAGGAGCGAGUGGAAAAGGAAGUGAAUGGUAAAACGGUGUCUUUGUGGUCCUACAUCAAUAGCCAGUCAGAGGACUUCACCAACCCCUUCUAUGUGGACUAUGAAAACCAUGUUCUGUACCCUGUGGCCAGUAUCAGACAUUUGGAGCUCUGGAUUGGAUACUACGUACGCUGGAACCCCCGCAUGAGACCACAGAUGCCUGUGCACCAGAAUCUCAAGGAGCUGCUGUAUCUUCGUGCAGAGCUACAAAGGAAGGUGGAGGAGUUACAGAAAGAGGCAUCUUCGUCACACUCUAUCUCCUCUUCAUCAGAGCAUGCGUAUUCUCCUUCAAAUGGUGGUACACCUCUACACACCUCUGUGUAAAGUACAUGCAACACUCACAUUAGAGAAUUCAUCAUUAACAGAAUGUGUGGAAGGAAUCUAUAAGUUACAGUAAACAUAGUUAUGUGAAGUCUAAAUCUGUUGGUCGUUUCUCACUGGAUAAUGCUUUGGGCAGGAUGUAUAGAGGCCCAGCACAUACACUUGUGAAAACUUGCAUGAACACCCAGAAAAAGGACGGUCUCCCACACAAUCUAGGUUCAGUUCGGUUGUGUGGAUCUGCUCUUAUAGACUGAAAACCAGGAAAGCGUUUGAUUGUAAUUGAGUUUAUGAAAAAUAGGCCAGUAUUUGACUUGUAAUUAUUUAAAAUGUUUUAAUUUAUUUGUAUGUAGUCAGGGUAAUAUGAGCAUCUUUUUCUAUUUCGCAGCAUUUCUGUGCUUUUUCUGUAGUUUUUGUGUAAUGGCUUUUCUUUACUGCCUCAGCAUUGCCUACGUUUUUGCCAAUACCAGACUAACCUUUUAACU